AUGGUGAUGACACAUUAUCUCGCAGUGCGUGUUGGUGGUGCACGUGCUAAGGCAAAAAUUCCUUAUCCAUUUCUAUACGCAGAUAGAACUGAAGCUGAACAAGAUAAAGACAAAAUGAUAUUCAACUGUUAUCAACGAGCACAUCAGAAUACUCUAGAAAAUUAUCCCGGAUUUCUUCUCAUACUUUUCGUAGCUGGUAUUGGAUUUCCGAAAGUUGCCGCUGCUUCAGGCUUUUUGUGGACCAUAAGUCGCAUUGUGUAUGCUCACGGAUACUACACCGGUAACCCUAAAAACAGAAUGAGGGGAGUUUUUGGCUAUAUUGCGACAUUGGCGUUGUUGAUUACUUCAGUUGUUACAGGAGUACAAACAGUAACAAAUAGCUUGUAG